AUGAUUUACAAUGCGAUCGAUCGCUACGUUAAUUCUGAAGCUUCAAGUUUCUCAGUAGAAUUCUCGACGAGGAUACACGCAUGGCUGAUGGUGAAACGGUUCGCCGUCAAAGGUGCGGAAAUAUACAUCAUGGAUAUGCGGACGGAAAGGCCACGAACUGCCGGUCGAAUAGCACCCACCGGAAGAGUGACACCGACGGUGCAUCAGACCGGUGGGGGUCGAAGAAAAGCUAUACCAGUCCCACCACCUAGGGUGCCGACUCCGAUGCCCACCGCAAAUAAUAAUCAACAACAACGGAACAAUGCCAACGUGGUCGUCCCGCCCACCGUAUCGGCCGUGUCGAAGAAAGAGCCGCACGAGAACAUCGCCCGGAUAGCGAAGCGGUACCUCGACGAUAACAUGCAGCAGGCGUGGAUCAAUCCUCGUCUAAUAUCGAUGAUAAACAUGGAAGCGGUUACAUCGACCGACUACAACUCCACGAAUCUCAGCAGAAACUUCAAUCAGGUCGGAUUCAACACGUACAAUUAUUCGCAAUUCGAGGAAAAGUACAAACCGCGGCAGAUAUUCAAGUACGGCGACGAGUAUCUCGAAUACGGGCACAGACUCGGUGCGAACGAACGAUUCGCGCGAUCGAAAUAUCAAGACUGUUCGAGACUCGAUCAGCGGUACUCCCGCAGUCACUCACAGCCGGAACGGCAGCACCACCUGUCUCAGGAGACGCGUUCCAAGUCACAGGACCCUCGAGAGCUCACGUUCUAUCAGAUCGAACCGCCUGUGAAAUCGGAGAACACACGACAACAACAUGACAAAUCGCAUCAAAAGCUGAAGAAGGAGCUGACCUUUUACGAGAUCGACGGACCUCUCUCCGGUCACGAAAAGAAAGAGAAGUCCGAGGUGGGCAAGGAACGCGCCGAUAAAGGAACCAAGUCGCACGACAAAUCUCAUGUUGGUUGUCAGGAGAAAUCGCAGAUUACGAAGCACGUCAGGCAGAGUCAUGAGGAGCAGCAGCAGCAGCAGCAGCAGAAGACGCUGACGAACGCGCCAACGUCAGACUGCCAUCAGCUGAAUCGGUCGCAGUCGGACCUCACGGAGUGUCAGCUGCCGAAUUACUAUGGGCAUCGGAAUAAUCCAUACAUCGAUCCGCCAAAGUAUCGACAGUUCGACAGACCGCCGCGCUAUCAAGAGACUCUGCCAAGAUCGGAUCCGCCGCCCAAGUAUCACGCCGAUCCGCCCAAGUAUUCGGAAGUGUCCAGACGGCAGGAGGACUUUAAGAGGAUCCAGGAGGAGAAGGGUAGACGACAAGGUAGCAGUGGAGGCGCGGGCGGCGGCGUAAGCGGCGGUGGCGGUAAUUCCGGAGCAGGAAGGGGGAACACCGGCACUCAUGGCGCCGAGACGCCCUCUAAUCUGGCCAGUAUCACGCCGACCGCGCGAGAAGCAACACGCGUCGUGAUCACGCGACAACGGCUCUCUCACAAGACGUGCGACGUGCGCGGUACCAACAGCAACAACAAUAACAACAGCAAGGAAAACCUGCUACAGGAGACCGGCGAUGAUUGCGACACGUCUUCUCGAUGUCACCAGCAGCAGCAGCAGCAGCAUCAGACUCGCGGAAUCGGUGGCACUAACUUUGUCGGUAGCGGCGUCGUUGGUAAUGCUUUCUCGGACAGCGGCAGCGAGAUAACAACGUGCGACAAGUACAAGGGCACCGGGUCGGAUUCGAAUCGGUGCGGCAGUGGCGACGCGGUUCAAGGUCGCCCGUGCGAGAGAUCCAUGCUGAAGAUCGAAAAACUCACAGGAAAGACGAUUUUGCACGCUGGCGGUGGCGAGUCGGCAAUCGGCAAGUGCGGCGCGGAGAGAAUGAAGUCGACCUCGCAGGAGGCCGGCUACAACAAGCACGAGGUCAGCAAGGCCAAGAGCCACGAUGUCGGGCACGGUUACAAGGUUGAGAAUCUGCGUUACUACGGCGAGUUGAAGGGUUACGGCGACUUCAAGUCUUACGGUACCGUCGACAAGCAACCGACGUCCGCGUUGGUGUCCGCGCACGAGAAAUCGCAUCCUCAUGUUCCCGCCGCUUAUGAGAAGAGCGACAAGUGUCACAGCAAAUUGCCGUCCUCGUCCGCGGCGAUCGCUCAGAGCUACAGUCUUGCGAAGAUCGGUCAGCAGUCGGAGAAGAGUCAUCACGGAAGCGAUCAUUACUAUCACAGAUCGUCGCAUUCGAAGCCGUCGAGCGCUUAUCAGGUGUACCAGGAGACCAAGUACUCGUACAACGUGAGCGGAGUACCCGGGACGCCGGCGCAGGCCAGCGCAGCCGCGGCCUUCUUCGCAAGGAAAGAGAUUUGA